CUGGCUCCUCAUAAGGAGGGGGAGAGCUGCCCCAGACUCAGUAGGAGCUGCAGGGCCAUGGCCAAGAUGAGGGGAAUCCUGAUCCUGGGGCUCCUAUUGGCUACUCCCAGCUGCCUUGGCUACUUGGAGGACCUGGCCAAGUGCCUUCAGGACCCUGAAUAUGAGUCCAGUCUUGUCACGGCGCAGGAGGGACUCCACACCUCCCCGGUGCCCAAGCGCGUGGUAGUAGUGGGAGCUGGUAUGUCAGGCCUGGUGGCGGCCAAGGCCCUCCAGGAUGCUGGCCACCAGGUAACCAUCCUGGAAGCCAGCCACCACAUCGGGGGUAGAGUCAGCACAUUCAGGAACGAGAAGGAGGGCUGGUACCAUGAACUGGGGCCCAUGCGAAUCCCAAAGUCCCAUAGGCUGGUUCAUACCUACAUCAAGAAGCUUGGCCUGAAGCUGAACAAGUUCACAUCAUAUGAUGGCAACACCUGGUACCUCAUCAAAGGACAACGCUAUCGCACCAGGGAGGUCCAGGACAAUCCAGAGGUCCUGGGCUAUUCCGUGAGCCCAACGGAGAAGGGCAAAAGCCCUAUGAAUCUCUUCUACCAGUCCAUUGCCAAGCUCAAAGAAAAUCUGAACAACUUCAACUGCAGCCACCUGCUGUCCUUUUAUGAUUCUUACUCCACCAAGGCUUACUUGGUGAAGGAAGGGAUGCUGAGCGAAGGAGCAGUAAAGAUGAUUGGGACUGUGAUGAAUGAGGAUUCUGGAUACUAUAAGUCCUUCCUAGAGUCCCUGUGGGAUAGCUUCAUCUUCUCCAAAAGUAACAACUUUUCCGAGAUCACCGGUGGCUUCGACCAGCUCCCCAAAGCCCUCAGCGCUAGCCUGAAGCCUGGCACCAUCCGCCUGGGCUCCAACGUGGAGACGGUAGUGAGGGAUGGGCCUGAAGUCCGGGUCUCCUACCAGCUGGGCAAGCCCAGGUGGGCGCUGAACACCCUCACCGCGGACUUUGUCAUCAUCACGGCCUCAGCCAAGGCCACGCGCCUCAUCACCUUUAAGCCACCGCUCUCCCCAGACAAGACGGAAGCACUCCGCUUGGUGCAUUACACCAGUGCCACCAAGGUGAUCCUGGCCUGUGAGGAGCCCUUCUGGGAGCGGGAUGGCAUCCGGGGUGGGGUCUCUGUCACCGACAGGCCCUCGCGCUACAUCUACUACCCCAGCCACAGCUUCCCCAGUGGCAAGAGCAUCCUGCUGGCCUCUUACACCGUGGACGAUGACUCUCUCUUCUUCACAUCCAUGACGCACGAGCAGUUGGAGGAUGUGGUCCUGGAGGACCUGGCGGCCGUGCACCAGAUACCCAAGGAGGAGCUGCGGCGCAUGUGCCCCUCCUCCGUGGUUAAGCGCUGGUCUCUAGACCCCCUCACCAUGGGUGCCUUCACUGAGUUCACACCCUACCAGUUUAUCGACUAUUCACAGGAGCUCUUCAAGCCCGAGGGCCGCAUCCACUUUGCAGGCGAGCACACCAGCCUGCCCCAUGGCUGGAUAGACACUGCUAUCAAUUCUGGCCUGCAAGCAGCCGGGAAUAUCCAGGCUGCUGUGGAUGAGGAGGCCACGGGAGAGUAGAAGACAUUCACUUACACCCAGAACCAUUUCUAACCUAGAGAGAAACCCCUGAGGGAAUCUGGCAGGAAAAGGGCUGGGAGGUGGGAGUUGGAGGCAGAGAUCCAGGAGAGAGGUCACCGUUAGUCCCCCUGGCCCACAAGCAAGAAUCUAAAAAUGCGGAAGAAUCAGCUGUCAAGUCCACAAAGAAUCACUCCCUUUCCUGCUUCUCUCCCCUGCCAGGCCUUGAGGAGGGAAGCAACUGAGUCAACAUAGAUGGAGGGUAGGAUCAAAUCAAGGAUGGUGAGCACUAGAAUCAGCCCUUAGCUUGGAUUGUCUCCUGCUGCGUAAUCGUAACAAGCAAAAAAGAAAAGUUCCAACAGUGCCCUAAUUUCUGUCAUAUACAACCAGAAGCUUCUAAAGGGACAGACAAACCCCAAACCAUAGCAAUGUUAAACCACAGAGUAGCCACACACAAACCCACAGAGCAUAGAAACCCCAUCAUUGCGUGCCUGAGCUGGGAGUCUCACAUCUUGGCACAACAUGAAAUCUAGAUGGAUGGGAGAGAUAAGGGUUCUUCUCUGUUCUUUCUGAGCUUGCAAGAGCAGGAUCUUGGCUUCCUAGAGACACCUCCUGGCCCAUAGACUUUUCCUUUUCACUCUUACCUCCCCAUCACCAACCAGACCCCCCCCACACACCUCUGCCUGUCCAUCCUACACAUCCCCCAGGGAGGACACAAAGCUCCACUCUCCAUACUUCCACUCUGCUCUUCUUUAGCAGAAGAGCCCUGUCCUUCCAGACCCAACUAACUUAUUCCUCCUCCCCGAAUCCUCUCUUAACAGCCGCACCCAAACCCCAGGGAUCUUUCUCUCUCUCUUAAACCUCCACCCUUCCUCCCUAGAGUCCCAAAUGUUUGGACUGUGGAUCUUCUCAUGUUAUUAUGUAAUUCCUUUGUGAGGGCAUAUUACCUGCCCAUCUACACUGAGAGCCCCAAGGGCUGGGAUCAUAUCAUGUAUGCUUUGGUUAAUUUUCCCCCAUAAACAAUAUAUGCUAUUUCCCUCACCCUCUCAAUAAAUAUUCACUUUGCAUCUACCAUGUGUCAGGCAAUGUGCUGAGUGCCAAGUACAAAGAAUAAGCUGCAUUAUUCAAUUGAAUCAAACCUCCAACCCUACCUGUGUCCCUAUACCUCCAAUGAUCAGCUCCCAAAUAUGGCUCAUUUUUUAUCCCAAUUUCUUGGGUAUUUGGGCCCAAUCAUGCAAAAGAAAGAAGUAAAUAAAGGGGUAAGCUCUUUCCCUGGAGAACAUUCCUACCAGGGUGACCCUGGAAGACCCUGAAGACCAGCAUGAUGCAGGGAGUGCUAUGUCUUGAGACUGGCAUAUUGCAUAGAAGGAAAGGAAUAGAGAAAGGAAACUCACAUUUUCUUACUGCAUUUUGGUCUCUUGUUAAAAUCCCAGCUGGCUUUAUUCUGGUUUUUCACUCACCUCUAUAUUAGUCAGGACUUUUUCAGUUACAAGUGCUGGAAACCAAACUCAGACUAGCUUAAAGGAAAUGAAAUGUUUUAGCUCACAUAUCUGGAAAGUCCAGGGUGAAGCUCACUUCAUCCAGGCUGAUUGGGUUUAGGAAUUAAUAAAUUGUCAUUAAGGUUCUCUCUCUUUCCACCUCUUGACCCUUAGCUAACUUAUCUUCUGUAUUGAGUUAAAUAAUGUCCCCCAAAAUUCAUAUCCAUCCCCAAACCUAUGAAUGUGACCUUAUUUGGAAAUAGGGUCUUAGCAGAUUUAAUCAAGUUAAGAUGAGGUCAUACUGCAGUAGGGUGGACCCUAAUCCAAUGACUAGUAUCCUGAUAGGAAGAGCGAAAUUUAGACAGAGACAUACACAGAAGGAAGACAGCCACAUGAGGAUGGAGGCAGGUGGGAGUGGUGCGUCUACAAACCAAGGAAUGCAAACGACUGCCAGAUACCUCCAAAAGCCAGGAGAGAGGCAUGGAACAGAUUCUUCCUCAGAACCCCCAGAAGGAACCAACCCUGAUGACACCUUGAUUUUGAACUUCUUUGAGUACUGUGAGAAAAUAAAUUUUUGCUGGUUUAAGCCAUCUAAUUGUGC